AUGUCUCCCUCGGACCUCACCUACAUUCUCAUGGGCCUAGCAGGCUACCAAGCUGCGAACCGUCUACUUCAUUGCGUCGUCAGGCGUUAUAACCCUUCAUUCUACGCAACCCUCGAAAAAGACCGAUCUUCCAAACUUGCCCCUUACUUUGUCUUUCCCCUCGGCAUCCUGUUUACCCUCGUCUCCGCCCCGAUAUGCUUGUACGCAUACGGCAAUACGCCUCGAGAAUCAGAUAUCUUCGGCGUUCAACGGCCCUUCGCCACAGCAGGCAAGGUCUGCCUAGCUUCUCGCGGCAUACUCUGGGUCUCUGAGCUGCCACUGCUCGCCUACUCCCCCGAAUACGUCACUCAUCAUGUCCUUUCCCUGGCUUCUCUGCUUCUCGUUCUUAUGCGGAAUAUGCCGCGGCGGCCGAUAUACCUGAUCUACGCGGGCCUGAUAACCGAGCUGUUCUCCGAUACCGUCGCGCUCUUGAGGCUGCAUGGGCGCCACGCGAAUUCCUGUGUAGUCUUCAGAGCGGCGAUGCUUGCUAACGUUGUGGGCAUGAGUUUGCUACGGAUCCUUCCCAUUGUGGUUUUCACAGCAGGGAUGCAGAAGACGAGCCUUGACUACGUGGGAGGCAUCGUAAUGUACUGUGCCUAUCUCCUUCGACUGUCGUUCUUGCAACUAAAGAUUCUGGGAUUCAUCAAGGGUAGCUUAGGUCAGAGAGUUCUGACCCGGUUCUUGGGGAAGUCUGCGACACAAGUGGCCGCGAGGUGGAUGCCUCGACCGAAACCUCUCGUCGUUCUUGCUACGGUUACGAUUGCACUGUCUUCAGCAAUCGAAUACUCUGCCGGCUCUCAAAGUCUUAUUGCUGAAGUCCAAGAAUGA